UGAGCCAGUUUUCUUCAUUGACAGACUGCUAGAAUAGAGGAAAGAAGCAGCAAACUUGUGGCGAGAAGGUGACAAAACCAGAAGCAGAGCUACAACUGUCUCUGAAAAUAUACCUGGAGGGCUGCUGGAUGAACCUGGACUGCAAGAUCCCUGUUAGGAAGGUGGCAGCAGGAGAGGACGGGGAGUCCCUGAUGCGCGGCCGGUUGGCCAUGUCUGGGAAGCACUGGCCCCCCGGGACCCAGUGUGUCACCAAGCAUGACCACACGAAGCCCAAGCCCCGGGAGCUCGCCUUCCACAAGGGAGAUGUGGUCACCAUCAUCGAGGCCGUGGAGGGCAAAGGCUGGUACCAUGCCAGACACAACGAGACAGGGCAGGAGGGGCUGCUGGCGGCCAGUGCGCUGCGGGAGCGCGGUGCCAUCCGUGUGGACCCCAAACUCAGCCUCAUGCCCUGGUUCCACGGGAAGAUCUCAGGGGUGGAGGCAGUGCAGGAGCUGCAGCCCCCCGAGGACGGGCUGUUCCUGGUGCGGGAGUCUGUGCGGCACCCCGGGGACUACGUGCUGUGCGUGAGCUUCGGCAGGGAGGUGAUCCACUACCGCGUGCUGCACGAGGGGAACACGCUCAGCAUCGACAGCCAGCAGCACUUCUCCAACCUCAUCGACAUGAUCGAGCACUACAUGAAGGAGCAGGGAGCCAUCUGCACCAAGCUGGUGAAGCCCAAACCGAAAACAGGGAUGAAGUCGGCUGAGAAGGAGUUGGCCAAAGCUGGGUGGUUACUGAACCUGAAGCACCUCACACUGGGAGACUGCAUCGGGAAAGGCGAGUUUGGAGAUGUCCUGCAGGGCGAGUACAUGGGGCAGAAGGUGGCUGUGAAGAACAUCAAGUGCGAUGUGACCGCCCAGGCCUUCCUCGCUGAAACGGCUGCCAUGACGAAGGUCCAGCACAGAAACCUGGUGUGUUUGCUGGGCGUGAUCCUGCACAACGGGCUCUACAUCGUCAUGGAGUUCAUGAGCAAGGGCAACCUGGUGAACUUCCUGCGCACGCGGGGCCGGGCGCUCGUCCCAACCCAGCAGCUCCUCCUUUUCGCCCUGGAUGUGGCUCAGGGCAUGGACUACCUGGAGUCCAAGAAGCUGGUGCACCGGGACCUGGCUGCCCGCAACAUCCUCAUCUCCGAGGAGAACGUGGCCAAAGUGAGUGACUUUGGCUUGGCCCAGGUCAACCCCAAGGGCACGGACACCACGUUGCUCCCUGUGAAGUGGACGGCGCCAGAGGCCCUGAAACACAACAAAUUCUCCUCCAAGUCAGAUGUGUGGAGCUACGGGAUCCUCCUGUGGGAAACCUUCUCCUUCGGACGGGCACCUUACCCCAAGAUGACCCUGAAGGAGGUGACAGAGCUGCUGGAGCAGGGGUACCGCAUGGACCCCCCCGAGGGCUGCCCGCCCACCAUCUAUGCCCUGAUGAAGAGCUGCUGGGAGAUGGAGCCGGGCAAGCGCCCGUCCUUCAAGAAACUCACAGAGAAGCUGCAAAAGGAGCUGAAGCACCUGAGGGACGUUUAACCCCUGUCCUGCUACCGGGGCCCGGGACCUGAAGCCCCCCAGACCCACUGGGGUUGGGAGUGGCAUGGCAGUGGGGGCCAGGAGUGGGGUGGCCUGUAGUGCCACUCUCACCCAGUGGAGAUGGGGCAGCAGCUGGGAGGGGUCUCAUCUCCCCUGGGACACCCAACAACAAGGCAACAGCCUCCCUCCACCCUGGCACAGUCCUUCUUCCCACCACACAGCCCAGAGAAGGUUCUCAUGGGACCAAUCUCUCCUGACCCAUCGAGGUGGGGAUUGCAGCCCCCAAGGGGGCCAUGCCCCACACACCCCCUGUGCUCAGCCCCAGUAGUGGUUGCUGCACAUGGGGUCCCUUCAAGCUGCGAAUCCCAGGGAUGGGAGACAAGACUGGACAUCUCCACUCACUGGAGGAUGAAACCCCAACCCUGACACAGUCCUGCUCCAGCCUCCUGGCCCAGCAUGGGGACGCCAGCGCAGCCAGCUAAACCACACGGAUUUGGGCUUUUUGAUUAAA